UCGAAACGCGCGAUCAACAGUCGACUAGAGUGCGUAUUUCCAAUCGCGUCGUGAGUUAUUUCCUCGUAUUAAAGGUAUCAUCAGUUUCACGCGAGGGCAGAAACUCGUCCGAAGAAACAUUUUUUCCGCUUCAUCUUCGUUAAAGAUUUUCGUUUUCGUUCGUCUUUCGAAUUGAACGAGAGAAACAUGAUGAUCUCAAAUAGUAUGAGUUUACUGGCGGCCGGAGUGGCGGCUUCUGGAUUUUUUCUUUACAUCGGCCUUCGGUCGAGGAAGAAUUCGAAGGCGAGGGAGCCCAAACGAGUGAUCAUAGACAACGGACGUUGCGCCUGCUGCCUGGCACCGUUUCGAGUCGGCUGCGGCGUGCGCUGCAGUGAUUGCGGCGCUAGAUCAUGCAGGAAGGCCUGUUCACGUUGGGACACGUCCGACAAUGCCUGGCACUGCAUAUUCUGCUAUCAACAAAGGUUGUGGCUGAAGAGGAAUGACAAGUGGUUCGACAAUUUCGGCGGCGCGGCGAAUGAGGAGGAGCCGCGUGGAUUCUUCGGCACCGCCAAAGCGCACGUUGCAGACCAUGCGGCCGCGAUCCCGAACGUGGAGCAGAUUCCGGAGAACUGGGAAGCGAGGUGCAUGGUGCACGCGGUCCGAAAAUUUGUCGAGAAGAUAGUCGACGGUCUCGUCGAGAACGUGGACGACGUGCCGAUCGAUCGAAUCUACGGGGACUCCGAGUACGGCAGGUUCCUGGAGGAAUUUCGUCCGCCGUUGAUCGCCGCUCUGACUCGAUUGGCUACCUGCCUGGAAGCGUCCCUUACGAACAAGCCAUCUACGGAUCCACCAGCCAUGGCGCACGCGGCGCUCAGGGAGAUCGUCGAGCGAGCCGUCGAGGAAGCACGGAAAUUACCGGGAUUGAAUGCGUCCGCGGACGCGGAGCAUCCUCGAGAAGGACGCGCCGUCGCGGAUAAUAGUUACGAGGAUCUCCUCGCUACCGCGAUACUCAACAAGGUCAUCGAGAGAUACCAAAGGGAACGGGUUGACGGCAACAGCAACGUUCUGCACGACACAGAUUCGCCUAAAGCGAAAUAUACCGCAAACGAGAGCGAGCAUGGCCUUGGGGAAGAUGCGACGAGUUACGCGUCCGACCGUCUCGCGUGCAACGGCGAUCAUGGCGCGUCGAUCGGGAGUGAAGAUCAUCGGAAACCGGUGUCCUUUAUGAUGGAAGAAAGGAUAGAGGAAGUAACUACGAUUACGUCGGACGAUGACGAACUCCGAGACGGCGUCUUGGAAUUCGGAUGCAGCCGGCGCGUACCAUUUCCGGAGUACGGGAUGGACAUCAUUGACCCUCCGCGGGAAUUGCCUUCGCCUUCGCCGUCAACGUCAUCGGAUUCUUCGGAUUUACAUCGCAACGAACAUUCAUCGGUCAGAACGAAACGUCACGCUGGCAGUCGCACGAUGGAUAUAGUCUCGCCCAUCGAGUCUUGGGAGGACAAUUGGUUGUUUCAGAAGAAAAGGACUUCCCGAUCGCAGCCGGAUGCGGUUGCUAUGUUGGUCCCGAGCUCCAACGCGUAUUACAAGGCUCUGAUCGGCGACCGGGAUGCCGAAGACACGUCCGAUCUAUCCGAGUGCUCGUCCACAAAAUCGGAUGAAGAGAUCGAAAAGGAACUGAUCGAAGCGAUCAACAACGUGAUUCCGAGGACUCCCAGGAUCUCCGAAUGCGACGCGACAAAUAAUCAAACGGAAAGCAAUCAGGAAGGAGCAACCACGGUUCAACAAUUCGGAAAGGAUGAGGUCGACACCUGCCAGGUGAUAACGAAAACUGAAACUAACGUGACUUGUGAGCGUUUUGACGGGAAGAGUCGCAAAGAACUCCUCAAGUCCGCGGAAGUCUCGGAGAAGAAAGCAAACGAAUGUAAAGAUGAUAGAAGCAAUCUAAAUGGAAGUUCAUUUGCGUCAACGGUGGCAAAAGAGGAGGGCGGAACCAAAGAGAAGCCUAAGGAUACAGCCGAGCGCGGCGAAAGGACGAUUGCGACCGCGGUGGAAAGUUCUGGGCAAAAGGAAGUAAAGACGCAAUCUGAGAAAUCGAGUGAGAGGAGCGAUCGAGGGGAAAACGUCGCCGACGAAAACGAAGAGCAACGAGAGAGCGAGUAUACCGAACAUUACGACACGGCAAUCCAGAGACAUUUAGACAGCUUGACGAAAGUUGAAGUUUACUCUGUAGAGAGCGAGACGCCCGAUGAAACGAGAAAAAUGAUGAGCGAACAGCUCAGAAAAUCAACGGAGAACAAUUUUAUCAAAGAACCAACAAGCAAACGCUCAGAAACCGAAGUCCAAUUGUCUUACGCAACAAUCGGCGAGAAUCACGAUGGCAUGAUAAGUGAAAAUGACCCAUUAAGCGCUCCUCCACGACCAGGCACAAUAGCGGAACGCGAGCACAAAAAGUGGGAAAACGCGCCGCCGAUCGAAAACAAUCCCUACAGCGAGGAGAGCAUACGAAAGCGAUGCUUGGAGAGACAAUAUUCAAAAAGUUCGGACAUUCCAGGAAAUCAUUAUGAGUUAACAAAGUUGAACGAAGUGAACCAGCUGGAGACCCUGACACCCAGUCGACCGGACAUUAAACGAUUCGGCAGGGAUUACUACAUCAACCAAUCGAAGGUGGCUACUGGAGAGCGGCAGGAACCGGCUAGGUCGGCGAUGUCCUCGAUGUCGAGCAGACCGAGCAGCUCGCUGUCCCAGCGAUCGAGCUGCGCCGGCGACGAGCAACACGAACGACAGGAAGAACCUACGUCCGAGGAAAUCAACGACGAUAUUUCGGUCCUGCAAGGGGAUAAAGAUACGACGACGUCCGCGUCGUGGUACAGGAACAACGCCGAGAUAAUUAGUCCCGAAACGAAUAAUCGCGUCGUCAACUCGCGUGCACCCGUCGACAGCGGCGACCGUCAGAAAGUCAGAAGCGAGAAAGACGCGUCCGAUAAGACGACGUGGAAGGACCGUCGACGCGCGGACGACAUCCUGGAGAACCAGAGGAAAAACAGCAAGAACGAGAUUAACGCCAAGCUCAACAAUCAGGAGCAGAGCAUCGAAACCGAGCGUAAGGACGACAAGGAGCGAAAAGUUCGCAAGAUCGAUCUGAAAGCGUACGGUUUCGAGAACGAGUUCUCGGAUCAGAAGAAGCCUGUUCGGCAACAGCGAAUGGUGAACAGGCUGGACCUGAGUUCGUUCGGCUAUCAGGACGGCCUGCGCCGUGCUCGGUCCAACAAUCAACUGGACCAGCCGUUGCGAAACAACGAAAAGUCGAACCUAACGAAACGUGCGUACAAAGGAUACCUAAUCGACACGCCGAGAUCACUCGGCUGCAAGGAUUUCGCGAGGAGUUCGAGGGGACUGAACGAGCUACGCGACGAAGUCGAGGAGAUGAACGCGCAGAUGAUAUCCGCGAAAUCGAUGCCGAACGUCACCGAUGACGUGUGCUAUUACGCGAAUCCGGUUUACGUGACCGACCCUCAGGACGAGCUGACCGCCAAGAAUCUGCUGGAUCUCGCGGAGAAAAGCGCGACGGCGGAGGAACCUGACGCGAUUAGCGCGGACGAUGCUUCAUUGCUGAACGAUUACGACGAAAUUUCGUCCGACGUCGAUAGAUCUUUCGAGGACAUAUAUAUCAGGACUAAAGCACAGUCUGCGGAGACGGACAAGGAGUUGCGAGCGAUGCCCUCGGUGAAAAGACUCGCGGAAGCGUUUGGCAAGCGACAGACUUCCGAAAUGGAGACUGCCGUGCCCGCGAAAAUAAUCAGAGCUUCGGUGGCGAAAGUCGAUGACGCCAAGGACAGGUCGUCCACCCCCGAGAUACAGAUAGUCGAAACGCCCAGGCAGAUGCACAGUUUGACAGCCAGAUCUCUUUCGAGGGAAUUUCGAGAAGGGCUGCGUCAAACGCCCGGAAAACUGACGUCGCCGCCAGUCAGCCGAUCAUUGGUUGAAGAGCAAUCAACGAAUCGGACGGAAGUCGUGCGAUCGAAACAAGAGGACAACGACACCACCGUGAUUUCACCCGGCAAGCUCAAGUCGAACAUUAUAUUUUGGGAGCAAAUGCAAAAGAGAAGUUAAACGGCAGUUUUCCGUAAAUACGUAAUAAACAUUGCAAGACAGAUACCAUAAAAAGUUGCGGCCAUGAAAUCAAUUUAAUAUAUAUAUGUAUACGAAAAACAGAGAUUAAAAAUCACACACGAUCAAAAAUAUAUAAUAAUACGCUAAGAAAACGAAACUCGGUGCGAGUUUAUACGAAAGAAGAAUCAAGUUAAUUAGAAGAAAUAGUUAAGCAAAUGUAAAAGUAAGUGUAAAUACGAUAAUUAUCGCGGGGUUUAAUGGCAAAUAGUAGUUAUUUAUAGAAAUACGGCGACAAAUCGCUUUAAAUAAAGGAACUUAUCGUUGAUUUCGCAUAUUCCUCGCGAUCGAUUCUGUACAUUUGUAAAUUAUUUUUUUGCAAGUAGGAUUUUGCGCAUUUUCGAGUCAAAUGGAAAUGUACAACUGAGACUUCACGCAAAAUCAAGUCGGAUAUUACGUUAGGGACGGCGUUUAUAAAAGAAGUUACUUGUGACUAAAUUAAAAAUUAAUUAAUUCCUAUUCAUAAAAUCGCCAGCGUUGCUAUCCUUGUGAGCGACAAGGAUAUGUUAAUGCCUGCGUCAAAGGAUAAUAGUUCCUUAGCGUAAAUUGCUUUUGAAACGUUGUAAGUUAAAAUAAUAGUAUAGAACUUCUCGCGAGUGAUAACAAGAAGAUAGCUUUACAUAGAAGUGUAAUGAAAUUCGUGCCAAAUGGUAUCGCGACACGACACGUUAACAGCCAAAGAAAGCAUUGCGAAUAUCGUGUUCGAGAUGAGAGACCAGGCUAACCCUUUCUGCUCUCAUUUCUACUAUACACUAAAAACGUUAUUUCCAAAAAAUUAUUCCUAAGUUUCAAUAAGGCUAUUCAAGAAGACAAAGAUAAAUUCCCCCCCCCCCCCAAAAUAUAUACAUGUACAUAUUAUUAAACUUUAUGUAAUCUUUUUGCAAAAUUGUAGUCAUUUUUAAAUUAAGACGACUGUAGUUAUUACAAAUAAUAAUCAUGUUGUAUUAUAAAGAGUCAAAAGGAGUUAACUUAGCGCGUUGCCAAUCGAAAGAGAUAAUUAUUUCGUAACGUAAUUUAAGAUUUUACGGUCGUUUUGUAUAUUAUUACAAGAGAAAUGUUUAUUAUAAUUGAUUAAAUAAAUUAUCAAAAAAA